CUUCAGUUCUCUUCUCUGUGCUCUUUCAGGCCAGGAGUGGAAUGGAUUGUAGAGUUCUUUCAUACAAUGGGACCUAUAGAUAUACCCACGGUACAAUUACUGGUCGAAAGAAUUCUCAUAUGCAAGCAGGGUCAUUUUGUAAGAUAAUCUGGUCUGCAAUGAAGUCUUAUAGGCUGUCAGAGCUAUCUCAGUCUGAGGCUGAUAGACUAAAAACUCGUCCUCGUAUUGAUUUCUCUUCAAUUUUCAACCUUGUCCAGCCCAUUGUUAAUGAUGUUCGUAGUAGAGGGGAUGCUGCCGUAAAAGACUAUACCAUCCAAUAUGACAAGGCUGAAGUGGACAAGAUUGUUGAACAUGUAAAUGAACUUCCUGACCCCGAGCUUCGGACAGAUGUUCGUGAGGCAUUUGAUAUAGCUUAUGACAAUAUAUAUGCCUUUCAUGCUGCCCAAAAACCUGCUGAGAGAACUGUUGAAAGCAUGCCCGGUGUCACAUGCAAACGUGUAGCAAGGAGCAUUGCUUCUGUAGGUCUUUAUGUUCCAGGUGGAACUGCUGUUUUACCUUCAACUGCCCUGAUGCUUGCAGUUCCUGCCCAAAUUGCUGGGUGCAAAACUGUUGUACUUGCAACUCCACCAACUCGGGAUGGUAGCAUUUGCAAGGAAGUCCUUUAUUGUGCCAAGAAAUCUGGUGUCACUCACAUUCUUAAAGCUGGAGGGGCUCAGGCCAUUUCUGCAAUGGCAUGGGGGACCGAAUCUUGUCCCAAGGUUGAAAAGAUAUAUGGUCCAGGAAAUCAGUAUGUGACUGCUGCAAAAAUGAUCCUUCAGAAUAGUGAGGCUAUGGUUUCAAUUGAUAUGCCUGCUGGACCAUCAGAAGUUCUUGUUAUAGCUGACAAGGAUGCUAGUCCUGUUCAUAUUGCAGCGGACUUACUUUCUCAGGCAGAACAUGGCCCGGAUAGCCAGGUAGUUCUUGUAAUUGUUGGGGAUGAUGUAAAUCUAACAGCUAUACACGAGGAACUGAACCGGCAGUGUCAAAGUCUUCCGAGGGGAGAAUUUGCAUCAAAGGCUCUUGAUCAUAGUUUUACUGUAUUUGCACAUGAUAUGAUUGAGGCGAUUUCUUUUUCAAACAUGUAUGCACCCGAACAUUUAAUCAUAAAUGUAAAAGAUGCUGCGAAGUGGGAGAAUUUCAUUGAGAAUGCAGGCUCUGUAUUUUUGGGGCAGUGGACACCCGAGAGUGUGGGCGAUUAUGCCAGCGGAACAAAUCACGUCCUUCCAACUUAUGGCUAUGCAAGGAUGUAUGGUGGGGUGUGUUUAGACUCAUUUCUAAAAUACAUCACUGUACAAUCUCUGACUGAAGAAGGCCUGAGAAACAUAGGCCCUUGUGUUGCUACCAUGGCUGAUGUUGAAGGUCUGGAAGCCCACAAGAGGGCAGUCACCCUCAGACUGCAAGACCUUGAAGCACGCGAAAUGCUUCCUGCUGCUAGAUCAUCAUAACAAAAUAAUCCGAGUUACUGUUGUUUCAAACUUUCUGGAAUCACAACUGUCAAAUAUAUUGGUUAAUCUGAGAUAUGCAUGGUCUGUUAACUCCUCACACAGAGUUUGAUGAGUUAAAAGGGUUUUGAAGUCUAGAAUUUGUUUAGAAGAUAUUACAAGGGAAAUUGAAUGACUAUUGUGUGAACUCUAAGUGUUAGUGAUGUAACAACUACCGUUAUGCUGAUAUGUUGAUGACUUGUCUUCUACUUCAUCAAUUUUACACCUCCUCAAGUACUAACAACGUAUUUCAUAUGGAAUUAUGGAUGGUGAAAAUUAAUAAUA